AUGCACAAAUUUCUAAGUGAAAUACCUGAAAGCUCACAAUUGGAGCUAUUGAUAUCUUAUAAGAUUAAAUUAAUCAAGAAGUUCUCAAAAAGUGACUUCAGGGUUCCAAAGCGUGAAGUCAAAGGAACCUGGGCAGAGCAGAUCCCCCGCCCCUCCGGCCUCUCUGAGGGAUUCUGGGUGCCAAGUAAACCCCCAACACAACCGCGAAGUGCAGCAGCUGACUUCGACCUGCAGGACAGGCGACACCUGCCAGUUUCCUCCAUGCGCUCGGCCAGUUUCCUCCAGCCGCUGCGCCCAGUCCACAAGCCGCAGACUAGCAGGAGGAUUUAUUCCUCCAGGUUUGAUCAGCCAAUGCAAUCACUACUGAAACCCUCCGCUUCCCCCCGAAAUAUAGUUUCAGCCCACCCCGAAAUGCUGAAGUUGCCUGCUGUUUCUCUCCACUGUGCUCUAUUCUCUCUGCAGAUCACCGGGACCUUGGUUUUCACUGUCUUUACCAUCAUGCUGAGUUCCUUCCAGUUUGGAUAUGACAUUGGUGUUAUCAAUGCACCUCAGCAAAUAAUAAUAUUUCAUUAUAGAUAUGUUUUGGGUGUCCCACUGGAUGACCGCAAAACUCUCAAUAACUAUGCUUUCAAUGGUACAGAAGAAUUGUUACCCACAGACUCAAACCCAGUGGAUACAAGACCAACCCCUCAGACUGAAGAAGAGAUUUCAGACUCUACUGCCAUUGUUACCAUGUUUUGGACCCUGUCAGUGUCCAUGUUUGCAAUUGGUGGAAUGAUUGCAUCAUUUUUUGGUGGAUGGCUUGGAGAUCGACUUGGAAGAAUCAAAGCCAUGUUGAUAGCAAACAUUCUUUCAUUAGCUGGAGCACUCUUGAUGGGGUUUUCAAAAUUGGGACCAUCUCACAUUCUUAUCAUUGCAGGAAGAGGCAUAUCAGGACUAUACUGUGGGCUAAUUUCAGGCUUGGUUCCAAUGUACAUUGGUGAAAUUUCUCCAACCACACUCCGGGGUGCUCUUGGUGCUCUUCACCAGCUUGCCAUUGUCACAGGCAUUCUUAUUAGUCAGAUCGUUGGCCUUGACUUUAUCCUGGGCAAUCAUGAUUACUGGCCCAUCCUGCUUGGUCUAUCUGCUGUGCCAGCUGUCCUACAGUCUUUACUGCUCUUUUUCUGUCCAGAAAGCCCCAGGUAUCUUUAUAUAAAUUUACAAGAGGAAAAAAAAGCAAAGAAAAGCUUGAAAAGGCUAAGAGGGAAUGUGGAUAUCAGCAAAGACAUCACCGAGAUGAGAAGAGAAAGAGACGAAGCAGCAAAGGAACAGGAAGUCUCCAUAUAUCAGCUCUUUACUACUUCCGAUUACCAACAGCCUACUCUAGUAGCAUUGAUGCUACACAUGGCUCAGCAAUUUUCCGGAAUCAAUGGGAUCUUUUACUACUCAACCAGCAUUUUUCAAACAGCUGGAGUCAGUCAACCUGUUUAUGCAACCAUUGGAGUUGGUGUUGUCAAUACACUAUUCACUGUUUUCUCUGUAUUCCUAGUGGAGAAGGCAGGCCGACGUUCUCUGUUUUUAAUUGGGAUGAGUGGAAUGUUUGUCUGUGCCAUCUUCAUGUCAGUGGGACUUGUGCUACUGGAUAAAUUUUCUUGGAUGAGUUAUGUGAGCAUGCUAGCCAUUUUCCUCUUUGUCAGCUUCUUUGAAAUUGGACCAGGGCCUAUCCCCUGGUUCAUGGUGGCAGAAUUUUUCAGUCAAGGACCACGCCCUGCUGCCUUGGCAUUAGCUGCCUUCUGCAACUGGACCUGCAACUUCAUCGUAGCUUUGUGUUUCCCUUACAUUGCGGACUUCUGUGGACCCUAUGUGUUUUUUCUCUUCGCUGGAGUACUCCUGGCCUUUACGCUGUUCACCUUUUUUAAAGUUCCAGAAACCAAAGGAAAGUCCUUUGAGGAAAUUGCAGCAGAAUUCCACAAAAAAAGAAGCUCAGCUCCCAAAGCAAAAUCUGCUGUGGAAAUGAAAUUCCUUGGUGCUACAGAUGCUGUGUAAAGAAGACCUUUUGGACAUAAACAGAAACAGGAAUGAAGCUGCCUUGUUUUUAGUGACAGUUCUUUUAACAAUGGUAAUCCAUAUGUUGAAUUAGUUACCAAAGAGCUUUUCUGGGUUCUGAUCAUAAAGGUCAUCAAGUAUUA